AUGGCUGAAUUCUCGUCUACCUGGAAUGCUUGGGGCUGGAAGGGAUGGAUGGCAUCGUUCAUGAUGGUUGUUCUUAUUAGUUUUCCUCCUCUUACCGGGUUUAAUAUCUGUUCUAUCUUUAUUGGCAUGGUUUAUGGAUUGAAAGGUUGGCCGCUCUUAGCCAGUGCUACUGUUGUUGGUUCUGCAUGUGCCUUUGCUCCCUUUAAAUACGUGCUAAGGAAAAGAGCUAUUCAGCUAAUGAAUUACAGCGAGAACUUGAAGUUGUUUAUGGAUGUCUUUAAUGACGAGGAUUCCUCCUACUGGGAAAAUCUACUUGUUUUGGUCCUACUUAGGAUGUCCCCACUACCUUAUUCGCUUUCUAACGGUGCGAUUGCAGCCAUUCCUGGAAUAUCAGUAUCUAAUUUUGCAUUGGCGACUGCCAUAACCACCCCUAAACUACUCCUUCAACUUUUAGUUGGCAUUCAGCUCAAAGGGUUGAACGAUAACAAAACUACGGGGCUUAGUAAGGUAUUGAAUUUCUUGGGGGUUAUUCUAGCAUCCGGUUCAUUCACUGCUGUCACCUUCAUAAUCUUCUCCAAGAUGAAGGCCCGUAUACAAAAGAAAAAUAGAAUCCCUGAUGAUUCCUUGGAUGCUUUAGUCUUUGAAUCGGACUCUGCUGUACGGAUGGAAUUGUAA